GGCAUACAUCAGUGAUUGUAUAACUUAUUAAAGCUGGCAUCCUGUGCAUCGGCACUUGACAUCCUGUACAGAUUUUGCCCGAAGCACCUAGAGGCGUGAAACUUACGCCCUAGCAGGAGGGCCGCUUCACUCAACAACCGUCUGGAUAUAUACUAUUACACUACAAGCACACAUCGCGUCUGCUGCGAUACCCAGUUUCCUACCGUCUGUUUCCAGGCAUGACAUCGGCUUUUUGAUAUCAGAGGAGAUGCUGACGGGCGCAAUGGCUUGCCUCAAAGCAUAACCUUAGAAGUUUAAGGUUGAACCCUUGGAAGCCAAUCCCGUAUACGUCACGGCGCCACUUCUGCUGCCGUGUGAGGCGACAGCGGCGCCUACCGUUGGGCGCGCCGAGGACCCUCCUCUGCCGCCGCUGGGGCCCGAAGCAUGCCUUCUUCCAUCAGGCCUGCUUUCGGGCUGGGCCGCUGCCUGGGACGCUGCAGGUCAAGCCCGGCGAGAGUGCGCGAUGCGGUGGACAGCUGGCUUGAGGGCUGGGGCCUCAACUACCGGCAGAGGCUGCUAGUUUUCCACUUCGUUGGCCAGCUGAAGGAGCAAGUAUGGGCCGUGUUGCCUAUCUCCCUCCUCCUGAUCUUUGUGAUCGGCGCCUUCUUCCAGCAGCAGACAAAGAGUCCUGGACAGCAGGCGUACGGCCUUGUAAGCGCCAUGCUGGGUUUGCUGCUGUUUAUGGAGGGCCUCCGUGUGUGCGUGAUGCCCCUGGCGGAGAUGGUGGGCGGCCGCUUGCCUCUCAAGUGCCCACUGCCAGUAGUGCUGCUGGUGGCCGGCUGCCUGGGCGUGUUGGUCACGUACGCCGAGCCCGCCAUCUCCUCGCUGUCGCCGCUGGCCAAGAUGGUGGACAAGCGGCGGGCGCCCUACCUCUACUACGCGCUCAACGACAAGCGGGAGCUGCUGGUGCUGUCCAUCGGCCUGGGGGUGGGCGCCGCGGCGGUGGUGGGCACGCUGCGGUUCCUUAGGGGGUGGAGCCUCAAGCCAAUCGUAUACGUGUCCCUAGUUCCCACCGUGGCGCUCGCGUGCUACAUGCAGUGGGGCAACCCCGACCUGGCGCCGCUGCUGGGGCUGGCCUGGGACUGCGGCGCCGUGACAACCGGGCCUGUCACGGUGCCCAUCCUGCUAGCGCUGGGCAUCGGCAUCGUGCGGGCCAAGCGGCAAAAGGAGCAGAUGGAGCAUGCAGCAGCGGAUCCCACUGCCAAGGAGCCUACUGGGCCCAAGCUGGAGGGCUUCGGCGUCGUAACCCUGGCGUCCAUCUUUCCCGUCCUGGCGGUUGAGAUGAUGGCCAUCAUGCUCAGCGUUACCACCAGCAAGGAACACAUCAUCCUGAACGCCAAGGAUGCCACCAGCCAGGCAGCGGUGGACAAAUCGCCGCUGCAUGAGGUCGUGUACGCCAUCCGCGCCAUCAUGCCGCUCAUCACAGCCCUCCUCCUGAUCGUCAUCUUCCUCAUCCGCGAGCCCCUCCCGCCCCUGACGGUCUACACGGUUCCGCCUGGCGUCACAGGGCCCGAUGCGGAGGACUCCGUUGAGGCUUCCGACACCGAGGAAUCGCAGUGUGGUCGCGGCGGUAACAUGGACGGCAAGGAUGCCACCUUGCCUUCGCCGUUUAGGAAGGCUAGACGCACCGCCGCCGCCGCUGCCGGUAUGGAGUUCACUCCGGACAAGAACGGCAGCCCCAGCUGCUCUCUGACACCGGCGGUUACAGCAAAGUACGACAACUUGCCGGGGCCAACGCAUCACCGCGAAUCCAGCGGCUCUGCCGUUGGGGGCUCGUCCCCGUCACCUCCAAGGAACGUAUUGUCGACGCCGACGAAAGCCGUGUCUAUAUUUAUUGUUGCCGACGGCGCCGCCGCAGAGGGCGCAGCCUCCGCCGGAGCCUCACCUUCCUCGCCGCCGGAGCUGCCCACGCCCGUGACGAUGCAUUCCACACAGGCUGGGAAGCAAGGCGGGAUUGGCGGCGGAUGCGGGGUGCCAUCCGCGACGCCCCGUGCGCACAGUCACGGAGGCGACCGUGACGCGUAUGGCGUGGAUGUGGAGGCUGCGAAGGCUAAAGCUGUGUCGGAGGGCGAGGCGGCGGCAGGCGUGGAACCCUGGCAUGUGCGAUACGGCGGCCUCAUAUGCGGCAUUGUCAUGUCUCAGGUCGGCAUGAUUCUUUUCAACAUUGGCCUCACGUACGGGUUCACAGCGCUAGGAGACCAAGCGGGCACGCUGCUGCCGGCCGCCUACCUCCAGCUUGAGGAGGAGCCCAAGUCACCCUACUACAGCUAUGCGGGUGGCAUCGUCCUUGUAUUGGCCGUGGCCUUUGCUCUAGGUUUCAUGGCCACCCGCGCGGAGCCGGUUCUCCGUGUGUUGGGUCGUACCGUAGAGCGCCUGAGCGGCGGCACCUUCACCUCUUCCAUGCUCAUCUACACCGUAUCAUUUGGAGUGGGCACGGGCAUGGCUGUCGGGUCCACCAAGAUCCUCUUCGGGGUGCCCCUGAUGUACCUGGUCCUAGCCACGUACACGGUCGCAGUCGCCUUUACGCUCUUCUCUGAGGAGUCCAUAACCAAUAUCGCCUGGGACAGCGCGGGUGUAACCACGGGCCCUGUGACGGUGCCUUUCGUGCUUUCGCUCGGGAUUGGUUUCAGCAAGGCGACUCAGGCAACUGAGGGCUUUGGCAUCCUUGCAGCCGCAUCUGCAGUGCCAGUCAUCUCCGUGCUACUAACCAGCUUGCUGGAAAAGCCCGCAAAGGUCCUGCUCGGGAAGCUGCCGUUCCUUCCCUGCAGUUGCACAGGCCCGACUUCCAGGUCUCCUCAACCGAAGGCAUCACCCCGCCGCAAGGGCACCCGCCGACCCCUGGGCACCGUCGCCUCCGGCGAAACCCCGGCCCGCCGCCUGGGCACCAAACGCUCUGGGCUCUCGGGUGCCUGUUCGAGUGCAGCGUCGGCGUCCCAAGCCACCGAAUUGUACGCCUUAGGUAGCACCCCAGAGGGUCAACGUGCCUUGUCAAUAUGCGGCGACGGCGGCGAUAGCGGCAACGGCGGUGACGUAUAGCCCAACGCAGCACGGAUUGCGUGGUUUGCAUCAUUUUACCGGUCGUUGCCGUAUCAGUGCGCCGAGGUGUUGUACUAACCACGGGCUGUAGGAGCGUACAUACAGACAAAAUGUGGUUGCGGGUCUUCGGUGCUGCGUAGAGUGUGACUGCGGGGCUUGGGUACUUGGCAUUACUGUUGUUGGGUAGGGACUUGG